ACACCCCAUCAUGCCUGCCACUGUUGCAUAAUUUUCCUCCCUUGCUUUACCUCAUCACCACCACAGCUCACGUCCUAAAGUUGGGACUUCACAGUUCAAACCCUCCACCAAAUCUGAAUUCCCCACGCCCACCUGUAUAUAAGCCUUCCCCCCCAAGUACACAGAGACGCAAAUACAGAGAGGCAGAGGGCAGGGCACCAUCUCCCUCCCUCCAUCUUCAUCCACAAGGCUCGGUGUGCCUCACAAGUCCUCCUCUCCUGUCAUCUCUCCUCUCCUCUGCCUCUCCUCUCCCAUCUGCUGUGUGCAAGAAGCUUCCUUGGACAAGAUGGGAGUGCAGAGGUACAGGUUCUUCUGCUGCGGGUGUGGCGCCAAUGCGGCGGCCGGCGACAGGGAAGGCGACGACGAUGGUGAUUUCGGGGUGUUCGACGACAAGGCUCAGGCUGAGAAGGGGGUCGAGGCCGGGCCGCGGGGCCUGUCGUUGGCGCAGGUGAAGGCGAUGACGGGCGGCUUCACCUCGGCUGUGGUCGGCGAGGGCGGGUUCAGCACCGUGUACCUCGCCCGCCUCUCCGGCGCGCUCGCCGCCGUCAAGGUUCACCGCAGCAGCGAACGCCUCCACCGCGUGUUCCGCCAGGAGCUCGACACGCUCCAGCGCGUCCGGCACCCGCACAUCGUCCGCCUCCUCGCCUUCUGCGACCAGCAAGAGGAAGGCGUGCUGGUGCUCGAGUUCGCGGCGAACGGGAACCUGCACGAGCGGCUCCACGGCGGGGGCAAGGCCGCGGGGACGAUGCCGUGGGCGCGGCGGGUGUCGGUGGCGCUGCAGACGGCGCGCGCGCUCGAGUACCUCCACGACCGCUGCGAGCCGCAGGUGGUGCACGGCGACGUGAAGGCGUCCAACGUGCUCCUGGACGCGUCCAUGUCCGCCAAGCUCUGUGACUUCGGGUCGGCGCGGAUGGGGUUCUCGGCGGCCGUCCGCCCGCGGUCGUCGGCGCACACCAUGCUGGGCUCCCCGGGCUACGUCGACCCGCACUACAUCCGCACGGGCGUGGUCACCAAGAAGAGCGACGUGUACAGCUUCGGCGUCCUGCUCCUGGAGCUCCUCACGGGGAUGGAGGCCUUCUGCGCGGAGGAAGGCCGGCUCCUCACCGCCGUCCUCGCGCCGCGGCUCAGGGCCGGCGGCGACGCGCGCGGGAUGGUCGACGAGAGGCUCGGCUCCGCCUACGACGCCGCCGAGGCCGCCGCGGUGGCGGCGCUCGCAGCGGCCUGCGUCGGCGAGAACCCCAGCCUCCGGCCGUCCAUGGCCGACGUGGUGCGCACCCUGGAGCAGAGCGCGCAGGGAUCCAUCUCCGCCGUGGGGAGGAGAUCGGACGGCCACGGGAAGGUGUGAGUCACCAAGGGCCAAGGGGGAAGUCGUCGCGUCCACCGAGGCGCUCAGAUCUGGCUUGCCGAGUUGUUAACGUGCGUGCGUCGCACACGUGGCGCCCGGCCAUUGGUUGGUAGGAGAACAAAGCGUUAUUAGUGGGCGAGCAUAUCAAAAAGACGAAUCCAAAAAAAAGGGGAAGAAAAGCGUGGUGAAAAAAAGCGUUGAUUAGGGGGAAAGAUUUGGAUGGAGGAGAUAAAGAAAAAGGCAGGGCUAAUUUGUGCGCUGAUGGUUGGGGAUUUCGAUGAUAUAUUAUGCCAAAGCGGCAUCUGCUUGGGAGAGGCCAAAAAAAAAUAUUGGAUCGUACAGCACACGAUUCUAAGAUUUUGUUUAUUCUUAUUAUCAGUAGUAGUUUCUUUUGUUCUUUUUUUAAAGUAUUUCGAGUGUUUCUUCCAUGCCGUUGUUUGUACGUAUAGUUUAGCUAGAUUUCGAUUUGUAUUGAUUUGUUGAGAGCUUGGUUUGUGA